UUAAGCUAGCAGAUCAUGGUAUUAUUCGCUAAAAAAUGAUGUCCGAAAAAUAUAAACUUGGCCUUACAUUGAACCCAGCUGAGUGACGAACUUCUACCAGCUCCAGACCAAUUUCACACACUAAAAUAUGAGAAAACUCAUUAAAAAUAAUACCUACUCUUACUUUCCAAUAGAUUCUUUCUUCACAUAUAUUCAAAAAAAAACUCUACACACAUUUGAUUAACUUGAUAGUUAGUACGAAAUAACAAUUCUUUAUUUGUUUUUCCUUUUAUAAGAACAUUAAAAAGACUCCAUCUAAUUUCAAGUCAGCCAUGGACAUAUUCCAUCUUUUCAUCCUUUUGUCAUCAAAUCUCUUAACCUUAUUCAUCUUCCCAACUUUCUACUCCCCUAAUUGUUCCCUAAUCCCACCACCGGUGAUCAAUCCUUCCACCAUUCAACCGCCGUCCGACCACCACCUCCCGCCAGAAUUCCUUGCCUUCACCUCACCAAAACACCUCCCAUUUGGAAUGAACUCAAAUUUCGAUUCAGACAAACUAUACCCUCCGGUGGGCAGCCCGUGUACCCUUUUUCAAGAACUUAAAAACUACAUGAGCUACCCGGUCAACGGGUCCUGCCCAGAUGAUGAACUUUUAGCACAAAAGCUUCUCCUCAAAGGCUGCGAGCCGCUCCCCCGCCGCCGCUGUCGCCCACCAUCACUGCCAGACUACACCGAACCCUACCCACUUCCCAAAAGCUUCUGGUCAACACCACCUGAUUCAUCAGUCAUUUGGACAGCAUACACAUGCAAGAACUACUCAUGCCUUAUAAACCGGUCCCACAACCAAAAACAUUUUGAUGACUGUAAAGACUGUUUUGACCUUGAGGGUAGAGAGAAAACACGGUGGGUGAUCAAGGGUAAAACGGGAACAGAUUUCUCGAUUGAUGAAGCGUUAGCAAUGAAGAAACACGGAACGAUUCGAAUCGGGCUUGAUAUCGGAGGUGGUGUGGGGACGUUUGCAGUUAGAAUGAUGGAAAGGAAUAUAACGAUAGUAACAACUUCAAUGAAUUUAAAUGGUCCUUUUAAUAGUUUUAUAGCAUCAAGAGGUGUUGUGCCUAUGUAUAUAAGUGUUUCACAGAGGCUUCCGUUUUUUGAUAACACCUUGGAUAUAGUUCACUCGAUGCAUGUAUUGAGUAAUUGGAUUCCGACUACUUUGUUACAUUUUUUGAUUUUUGAUAUUUAUAGGGUUUUAAGGCCUGGUGGGUUGUUUUGGCUUGAUCAUUUCUUUUGUGUAGGGGAGGAACUUGAAGGGGUUUAUGUGCCACUUUUGGAAAGUGUAGGGUUUAAUAAAGUGAAGUGGGUGGUUGGGAAGAAGUUGGAUCGAGGACCUGAGUUAAACGAGAUGUAUCUUUCGGCUUUGCUAGAAAAGCCAUUAUUUUAACUCUUGGUAUUUUUUUUUUUUUUUUUUUUU